CGAAGGAGAAGGGGGGACCUUUAGGCCCUGGGACCUGCAGCAUCCCCUUGUCCUGUUUUCACUGAGCGCUCUCAGGAGCCCAGAGGCUCCCCAGCAGACACACAAGCGAAGGCUGCACAAGGGCAGUAUCCGGAGUCAGAGUCCAGGGUUUAUCUCAAAACCAAGCGGGUCAGGCAAGCAUCAGGGUCAGAAGCCAAGGGGUCUGUAAGCAGCACAGGUAAUGAGCAAGACAAGAGACAGGUCAGGGCUCCCCAGGUAAUCUUUAGGCAAGGCGAGUACAGAGCUGGUGUACAGACGUAGUUCCAGCAGCCCUUCCGGCCUCGCACUGGAGUUUUUGUGCUGGAGCUGCUGAACCACACCCCAAACGUCAGCUGAUUCCCCAUUGAUCACCUGAAGCCAGACCUUUACUCCUGAGGAGUCCAGAUGGGCCGGGUCUCCACCUGGCGUCUGAGGCGAUGCCUCUCCCUUGGGCUCAGGAGCCAUUCAGCCUUGAUGUCAGAGGCCGAACUUGCCCUGGGUGCAGACGCCCCAUCCUCGACCUUGUCAUAGCCUAGGCCCGGGUCCAAGACCGGAGCCUCCUGGUCUUCCUCUGAUGAGGACUCCCCUGGCUGGGACCUGACACCCCUCUAGAUCUCUCCCUCCCUCCUGUGCCCCAACCCCCACCCCGAGACAGCACAUCUAGGGCCAAGUGGUGAGCUCAUGCUGGGGUGAAACCCGAGGAGACAGAUGCCCUCAUUGGGUACUGCCAGGCUAUGAGCUCAGGCGAGUAUUUUUAGAGGCACCAGGCAACUUCAUUUGGAGGCGGCGAGGACUGAACCGCAGCCCAAAAGGAAAGGAGAACAGCAGUCUACGGGACGACUGUGUGCAUCGUGUUCACCUUUCCCAAUGCCUCCCUCGCCUCUCGAAGAACGGAUCGGCGUGCUGCAGAGACCCAAGACCUUGGCCUUACACCUCAACCACAGCUUCGCAAACGGGGGUGCCAGAAGCGAGAAGCAACCGCAGCCGCCUCCGGCUUGCAGACCGUCUGGCCAGGCUCCAAAGGGGGCCUCCGAAGGGACGCUCCGAAGGGACAGCGUCCUCCAGCCCAACCAUUCCCACACCGUUGACAUCAAGCUGACGCUGGGCGGUGCGCAGAGCCAGGCACCGGAAGGGAACCUCUCCUUACAGCUGGACCUUAAGCAGAGUGAGAAGAAGAAGAAGAAAGGGGUGCCGGGUCCCCAGCUGAAGGUCUUCCUGCCCCAGGCCAAGCUCAAGAAGCGGUGCUUGAAGGAGAACUCCAAGCCGGUGCUGGACACCUCCGCCAGCUCCUCCUGCCUCUCCAGCCCUGCCACCACCAUGCACCCUCUGAAGUGUGGCUGCCGGGGCUGCUGGCGGCUGAUGCGCUGCGACGACGCCAACUCCAAGUCCGGCCUGCGCUCCCUGGGCUGCUUCUCCUGCCACUCCAGCCUGCGCUCCUUGAGCUGCUCCAGCUGCAGCCCGCCCUCGAUCAAGAAGUUGGGCUGUUUGCCCUGCGCCCCGGCAGCCCUCCGCUCCUUGGCCUGCCUGGCCUGCAAUCCCUCGGGCAAGUCGGGCAGCUCCUCUUGCAGCUUCUGCAGCAGCGACCCCAUCGUCGCUUACCACUCCCGGGCAGGCUCCUCUCCGGCCCCCAGCUGCUAUGGCGGCGGGGAAGACGACGAUGACUACAGCGUCCGCACCAUCUGGCCAGACGAGCUGGCCAAGAAGAUGACCAAGUCCCGGGCCCAGCAGCAGGUGUCCCCCUUCAUCCUGGACUGCCGCAACCUGCUGGAGUACACCAAGAGCCAGCUCCAGGGCGCCAUGCACUUUGGGGUGGCUGACGCUGCGGGGAGGCUUCAGCAGGGGAAGAUGGCCAUGCUGGAUUUCAUCUCUUCCCGGGGCACCUGCGAUGGGAGGGACUCCUCACUGCAGCACCUCUGGCCGAAGGAGACCAACAGCUGCGCUGGCCUGGAACCUCUGCCUGCCAGCCCCCCAAAACCCCGCAAAAUGCAGCCCUCCCAGAAUCUCCAUCUGGUGCUGGAUCUGCUCAACAAAGAUGGCGGAAAGGAAGGGCCAAGCCAGAGAGGCAGUCUGAUUGGGUCAGACGUCGUGGAUGGCCCAGAUGACGUGGGUCCACCGCUCACGCCCGACCUGGAGAAUGCAGAGCUGAGCCCCAUCCUGCCUUUCCUGUUUCUGGGCAACGAAAGAGACGCGCAGGACCUUGAACGGAUGCUGAGCCUCAACGUGGGACACGUCCUGAACGUCACCACCCACCUGCCCCUCUACCACGCUGACAGUGGACGCCUCCGCUACAAGCGCCUCCCCGCCACCGACAACAAUCGCCAGGACCUGCGCCAAUACUUUGAGGAGGCGUUUGAAUUCAUCGAGGAGGCACACCAGAGCGGUAAAGGGGUCUUCAUCCACUGCCAGGCUGGUGUCUCGCGCUCGGCCACCAUAGUCAUCGCCUACCUGAUGAAGCACACACUCAUGACCAUGGGCGAUGCCUAUAAGUAUGUCAAGGGCCGGAGACCCAUCAUCUCGCCCAACCUCAACUUCAUGGGACAACUGCUGGAGUUUGAAAUGGACCUCAAUGCCGGCAUCACGCCCCGGAUCCUCACCCCCAAGCUGGCUGGUGUGGAGACUGAGGUGUGAGCAAGAUGGAGGAGACCUCCAUCAAUCUCAGGGCUGGGAAGUUGGUGGUGGUGGGGCACAGGAGUGCAAUAAAAAGGGACUGACAAACGGCAUGGGAAUGGACACCAGGGUGGCUGAUGCGCUGGACAGGAAUGGGGGGGGCUUCUCAGCCACUUUACAACCCCUCCCCCCCAAAAAAACUCACAGCGAGGAUCAUCUUUUUUGGAUGCCUUUCGAUGCCUGCCAACUUGACAGCCUUCAACGUACAAAACAGCAGCGCAAAAGACUGGAGAUAUUUUGUAGGUGGUACUGCUGCCACCAUCAAAUUUUUGGGGGUGAGUAGGUGCGUGGGCAGGACACUUUUGUUUCUAUGCUGGCGACCUUGGCUUCCUAAAACUUUCUACCUUGGCAUCAGUGAAGCAUGGGCAAUGGGUGUUGGGGUGUUGCAUGUGUGAUCUUGCUGGGCUUAAUUUAUUGGGGUGGGGAGUGUGUGUGUGUGGGGGGGUACCCUUAUCUGCCCCCUUUUUUGUUUUUGAUCCAGAUGCUGAUUUUACCUCCCUUUUGACCACGAUGGACACAUUUUGGGGCGGGGGAGAUUCUCAAGCAUUUACUUGGGGGAGGGUGUUAUGGAGAGGGGGGUUGACGGGGAACAGUGCAGGUGUGAAACCCUCUUCUCAUCCCUUCCCUAAGUUAUCAGUUUUUUAACGCUCAGGAUCACAGAAUCGCUUCUGGACAGAAGCUUCGGUGUGGAUGGAGAGAUGGGGAAGGGCAAUUUGCAAUUCAUCUCCCCCCUUGCUCCUUUGCUGGGGGUGGGGCCGGGGCACUCUAAUUGGCCCCCAUCUCCUUGUUUAUUGGAACUGCAACUGCUGCUUAGAGACUGUCUUUUCACCGCCAACCUGUCAAGUGGAUCUUAAAAACACGAAACCACCAUGGGGACUGAUAUUUAGGGGAUGUGGUGGUGGUGGGAGGCAUUGGCCCUCUUUUCAUUCUGCCCCUCCCUCAAAACAUAUUUCAAGCACUUCCUCUCCCUCCCUGCCCCCCCUUCUCAGGGUAUCUGAUGGAACUGGAAUCUGUCUUCCAUUAAUUAAGGGGGUUGUUUUUAGACAAUGGGGCAGGGAUGUCGGAUUUUUUUUUUUAAGAAAAGUGGCAUUAGGGAAGGAAGACCCUAAGACUGUCCAUCUCCCUUCUCUAAGCUUUUUUUUUUAAAAUUUUAGGUUUCUUAGGACAGGUAUGGAGUGUUUUUCUAAUUUAUCUUAAGAUGCAAUAUAGUCAUACCAUUUUUGUUGUUGCUGUUGGGUGUUUUUAAGUGUUUCCUUCCACCCCCACCAGAACAGGAGAUGGGGCCUUGCAUGUCUGUGGGUUCUUUUGUUGCAGUAGUCUUCCAGGCAUUCCCUGCCUUUCCCCCUUCCCAGCAGGAAUUUGAACCCAUCACCAGCAAGGGGCAGAGCAGGGGUGGGAAAUGGAGCUUUAUGGAUGAUUUGGGGCCACAAUGGCAGCCCGUUCCCCAAAGAACUCACUAAUCAUGCAGAAAGCUGACAUCCCAGUACAAAAACCUGUGGCAUAUAUUUUUUUUAUGGAGGGAGCAUCCUCCUAGAAAGUAGCAGCAUCAGCUGAUCAUUCCUGUAGAGAUGUGAAAACUCUGGAUGUUGCUGGACUACAACUCCCAUCAUUCUUGACCAUGGGUCACGCUGCCCGGGGCAGGUGGGUGUCCAAAGACAUCUGGAGUCUCAUCUCUCCUGUCUCCAAAUACUCCCAGCAUUCGGAUGGGGAAGGUGUAGUGCCAUCUUGGAAUCCAGAAAACCCAGAAUUCCUAGGGUUGGAAAAAUGCUCCAUACCCAAGAGGCUAGGUGAUCCAAGAAGGGAGGCUGAUUCAAACCAGUAGACUGACAGCUCAACAAUGAGAAAUUACUCUUUUAAGUAUCUGUGAAAAAGACACCAUGACUGCCCCACCCCCCGAUUAAUCUGAAAAGUUUAGUGCUCCAGAGGGUCAUGGAAAGAUUUUUUUUUUUAAAAAAAAAUCCAAAUACUGUUUUUAAGAUCUUCCGUCCCAAAUUUUCAGUUCUAACUACAGUAAUAUCUCAAUUGACAAAGCAGAUGCGUUCUUGGAUAUUACUUCUUUAACAGAAGCGUUGGUACGAGAAGUGGGAGUAACACGGAAAGAAUAGGGAUAGGUUUCUACACCUGCUCACAGAUAGUGAGGGCAGCUUCAAAGGGGGCUUUAAAGCGUACCUAUCCGGCACCCACCCACUCCCCCGCUGAAUUGUAUUGGAUCCUUCCCUUCCUAGCCCUGGGAGAAAGCAAGAGAUCUCUCCUGAUGCAAAGCAAAAACACAAGCUUGUCAGUUUCACCCUAGCAAAGCAAAGGCACAGGCUUGAAAGUUUAUCCAUAGUAAAGCAAAGAGACAGACUAGUGAGUUUCACCCUAGCAAAGCAAAGGCACAGGCUUGAAAGUUUAUCCAUAGUAAAGCAAAGAGACAGACUAGUGAGUUUCACCCUAGCAAAGCAAAGGCACAGGCUUGAAAGUUUAUCCAUAGUAAAGCAAAGAGACAGACUAGUGAGUUUCACCCUAGCAAAGCAAAGGCACAGGCUUGAAAGUUUAUCCAUAGUAAAGCAAAGAGACAGACUAGUGAGUUUCACCCUAGCAAAGCAAAGGCACAGGCUUGAAAGUUUAUCCAUAGUAAAGCAAAGAGACAGACUAGUGAGUUUCACCUUAAAGCAAAGGCACAGGCUUGAAAGUUUAUCCAUAGUAAAGCAAAGCUGGUGAGUUUCACCUUAAAAAACCCUUUCUUUAAAAGGAGCAUCUUUCCUGGAGGAUUCCUUACUCCAGGUAUUACUGUAUUUAGGGUUGGGGGUGGGGUAAGUGGCACCUAAAAUUGGAAAAUUUAAGAAAGCAAGAUUUUGCUUGCAGAACUAUUUAAAUUUGUAGCUGACCUGCACACCAACUUUAAGACAUCUCUGCACUUAAAUCUCUUUUGGAAGAGAUGCAAACAAGCUCCCAUAGUGUUGGGCCUCUGCAGCUGAGAUACAUUGCCCCCCCCCACCCCAGAAGGAAAGGCUGUAACUCAGUGGUAGAGUAUCUACCGUGCAUGCAGAAGGUCGCAGCUUCAACCCCUGGCAUCUCCAGGUAGGGAUGGGAAUGUCCCCUGCCUGAAACCCUUGGAGAGCGGCUGCUCAGUGUAGACAGCACUGAGCUACAUGAAACCAAUGGGUCUUGAUUCAAUAUAAAGGCACUGUGUUCCUCAGGAGCACCCUCUCUGCCCCCCAUACCUCCCUCCUCCUUGCAUUGCUGAUCUAUGGUGGCUAAUGAGUGCAGUGACUCCGCCCCCUUCCUCAUUUUGUACCAAAUCCGCCCACUAGACAUGAAGCAGAUGUGGCCGGAGGCUAUAGAGUUCCCAUCUCCUUCUCCCUGCUGUUUAUCUUUGGAUCUCAUCUUUGUUAUUUAUUGGGCCCAACUGUAAGGCCCCCGAAUUAUAAUUUAUUAAACGUGAUCUCUUUUUUUUGUAACAA